UCGUCCUCGUCGCCGCGCACGCGUCGCGACGCUCGACGAGGAUGGCGCCCGCGGCGGCGAACGAGGAGUCCCCGUACCUGAGGCACUGGUCGCGCGUCUACGCUGAGGAUCCGUCGGCGCGAACGCGCGAGUGGCACUGCGCGUUCGACGACGCCGUCGACGUCCUGCGUCCGUACGUCGCGCCCAUCGUCGCGUCGUCUCCGUCGCGCUCGCUCGUCGUGGACGUCGGCUGCGGCGGCAGCUCCAUCGGAUACGACCUCGCCAAGGCGUUCGCGUUCACCGACGUCCUCAUGACGGACAUCGACCCGGGCAUCGUGGAGAUCCUCCGCGAGCGAUACGCCUCCUCCUCCUCCUCCUCCUCCUCCUCCUCCUCCGCCGCCGCCGCGCCGGCGACGCGGUGCGAAGUCGCGGACGCGCGCUCGAUGCCGACGGUCCCGACCGGCGCCGCGGUCGUCGUCCUCGACAAGGGCACCGUCGACGCGCUGCACGGCGACGACGACAAGCUCGCGACGCUGCGGGAGUGCGUUCGAAUGGCGAACCGUCCCGACGGCGUCGGCGUCGUCGCGUCGAUAUCCUUCCCCGCCGCCGACCGCCUUCGUCUGCUCGAGCGCGUCGCGCGCGAGACGCGCGUCGGGCUGAGGGUGCGCGUCGUGGGGGACGGCGACCCCGCGCGCGGGCGUCGCGCGGUCUUCGUCGCGGUCCUCGGGAAGCGCGUGGAGCGCGUGGAGACGCCGCGGUGCGAGCUGUCGGAGACGGUGUUGGCGCGGAUUCGUCGGAGCGGAUCCGUCGUGGAGGACGAGCCCGCGGGGGAGGAGGACGCGCUGACGUUGUUCGACGACAGCGACGGCGACGGCGAUGACAGUUGACGCGCGCGAUAGGCCCUACGCGGCGCGACGAGUGUUGUGAUGACGCGGGGGGCUUCGCGGCACCCCACCCUGGUA